AUUUAAUGACGUCAUAUCUCCGUGCCCGGAACGUAAAUUGUACAAUAGCGGCCUGUGACGCCACUUGAGCGCUAUAAUUUUUCUUUUUUUGGUGGAGACUUUAUCUCUGCAUUCCGACACCAUCAUGAAACUAGUCAGAUUUUUGAUGAAGCUUAGCCAUGAGACGGUUACCAUUGAGCUGAAGAAUGGCACCCAGGUCCAUGGCACCAUCACAGGUGUUGAUGUGAGCAUGAACACCCAUCUGAAAGCGGUGAAAAUGACCCUGAAGAACAGGGAGCCUACUCAGCUGGAGUCCCUGAGUAUUCGUGGCAACAACAUUCGCUACUUUAUCUUGCCUGACAGCCUGCCGCUGGACACCUUGCUGGUUGACAUCGAGCCAAAAAUCAAAUCGAAGAAAAGGGAAGCAGUGGCUGGGCGUGGCCGCGGCAGAGGACGAGGGCGUGGCAGAGGAAGGGGACGAGGCCGCGGCGGUCCAAGGAGAUGAUCGCCUUACUGAUUGUUUUCAUUGUAUCAAAGAACGCAGUUGUGAAUUCUUUGUGUUUCUUGGUCUACCCUUCCCCCACCACCACCAUUUUUUUUUUCCUUUUGUACAUUAAAAAUGUUUCUUGUCAAGAAG